AUGACCCAGCUCCAUGCGUACUUUAACCUACGAAACCAGCAGGCUUUCCAGCGCCUGCUCGAUGGCAGUAGCAAUCGCGGCCAGCCCGCCGGGCCCAGCACUAGCGGUGGAAGGUCAUGGAACCGGCGCAGUCCGCUGAGCAGCAGUGCAUUCGUCGAUGUAAACGCGCGUGAUUGGCUGGGUAGGUCUGUCCUCCACUUGGCUGCAUCGUCGCAGGAGCCGUCCGCGAUAGAGUACGUGCGCCUCCUUCUCGCCCAUCCAGACAUCAACGUCAACCUACCGGACAAGGAGAACCAUUGGACUGCACUCCAUCGCGCAGCAUAUCACGGAAAUGUCGGCACGGCGGUGUUACUGCUGCAGCGGCCCGAUAUUGAUACGUCAGUCAAAGACAAUGAAGGGUACACCGCAUACAAUCUCUACAAUUCCACUGUCGAAGGGACCCAGAUCGAUACGGACGAUACCCGACUUGCAGACUUGUUUACAUGGGGCGCGAAUAGGAAUGCGGCUCUGGGUCUGGGGAACGGAGACGACAGGUUGCAUCCCGAGCAGGUCGUUAUCCGUGCGGCCGAUGGACUGUCCGUGUCAGAGAAGGAGAGUGUUGAAGCGCGAUUUUCCCCAAUCCAUGUCCAGCAAGUCGCCAUGUCCAAGUUGCAUACAGUUGUCGUGACCGCUGAAGAUCGAGGUAAUCUGCGGCUGUGCGGUUUUGGUAGCGGCGGACGCUUGGGUCCCGGCCAACACACGCAGUAUAGUCUGGUCCCUCUCCCGCAAUUGACGCAGACCAUCAUUGCCGUUGCGCUCGGCCAGGAUCACACACUCGCCUUGUCCAAAUCUGGGGAGGUGUUCAGCUGGGGGCUCAACCGAUUUUCUCAGUUGGGAUAUGUGAUCGAACCGGUAACAAAUGCGAGUGGGCUCGGCCGGUCGGAGGAACCAAUCCAGGCGACAGCGCGCAAGGUGACUGGUACAUUGAAGAACAAAGUUGUCGCAGGAGUCGCAGCGUGUAAGAUAGCAUCUGCGUGUUGGACUGAAAGCGAAGUGUUUACUUGGGGCACUAACAAUGGGCAACUAGGAUACGACAAGUCCGCGCAGCCUGUCCAGGUUUUGCCUCGCGUUGUAACCAAAAUUUCGCAGCCGGUGAUUUCGAUAACGAUCACGGACACCGCGCUUGCCUGCGUCCUUGCGACGAAGGACGUCGUUGUCCUGUGUAACGAUGGGCAUUUUAAAGUAAACUUUCCCGCUCACGCGUUUCCAUCGGAAAUCACUGCGUAUCGGCCUCCCCAAGCGAUUAACAAUGCGAGCAUUGAAAAAAUCACCGGCUGUGACAAUGUCCUCGCCGCGCUCACGUCCAACGGUGAGCUUUUUACCCUGGCGAUUCCUCCGCCUACGGGUACAGGGACAAUCUCGAGCAAAACGCGUAAUGUGAUCGUGCCACAACGUGUAUGGGCAUUGCGGAAGAAAUUUAGCGCUGUCAGGGACGUCGCCCUGAGCACAGACGGUUCGAUUGUCAUCUGCACCGAGUCCGGUCAUGUUUUCGUGCGGCAACGGAAUGCGAAGGCGGGGCAGGGUACGUCCGCAAAGGCGUUCAAGUUCCAACAGGUGCCGUAUCUCCAGCGUGUUGUGCGAGUGUGUGCCAACGAGACGGGCGCGUAUGGAGCAUUGCGAAUUGAUCACAGGCCUUCACCGAUCGAAGUCCGGGGACACCUCUUGGCGCAGGAUUUGGCGGAGAUUCAGCCUUAUAUACAACUUUCGUGCGAGAAAGAUAGCCGCCGGCCACUGCCCACCGACAGGAAACCAUGCGAGAUCAAGAACGUUGUGGAUCCUGAGUUCGAGGAGGAAGUGGAGGAUAUCACCAUUCAGCACGAUAUCGAGCAGCUGAAAAUCUUAUGCUCCCUUCUGCAAGAGAUCAGGCAGAAUUGCAGGCCAGGCGAAGAAGCCAGCUUUUUCGGCACUCGCCGUGUCGCUCAUGGUCCUGAUCUCCUGGUACAGGUUCAGAGGACAUUCCAGUUUCCAGCUCAUCGCGUCAUCCUCGCCGCGCGCAGUACUGUUCUGGCACAAUUGCUCUCCGGUGGCCCAGCUCUCAGGGACCAUGGAUCGAAUAUAUCGGUUGAACUGUCGUCGGCCAGAGAGGGUUCAUCUAAACAUCCCGUGCUUAGCUUCUCAGGGUGUCAAACGAUUUCCCUCUUGCUUCUACUCGUCUACUUCUAUUCGGAUAAUAUCCCAGCCCUAUGGGACCGCCGCGUUGGCUUGGCCGUUGAGUCUGAUCUUGUUCAGUUGAAAAUCAAGCCUGCACAGGUCAAGCUGGAUUUACACGCGUUUGCGGGUAUUCUGAAUCUUCCGUUACUCGCGUAUGCAUUGGAGGCGCCUGUUAAACGCAUGCCUGCGUCGUCUAUGGUGCGAGACAUGCAGCGUCUUUUCAAGAAACAGGAGCAAGAUCCUUUUCCUUCUCAUCAUCUAUUGGCCGCAGAUACCACAUUAUGCCUAGGAGAUCGCAAUAUAUACAGUUAUUCUUCGAUACUUCGAGCACGCUCCUCGUUCUUCGCGGACUUCUUCAAUGACAGCGAUUGGACGGCCAAUCGCCGGAAUGCGGCUGAUGUUGUCGUUAUGGAUCUCAAGCAUUUGAGAUGGCGCCAAAUGGAAUUUGUCGUGCGCUUCCUGUGUUGUGGUGAAGAUGAGGAGAUGUUUGAAAUCCUCGAGAGCGUCAAGUCCACGGACGAGCUAAUUGACUUUAUGUUCGAGGUGAUUGCAGCUGCCAACGAGUUGUUGGUUGAUCGCCUCAUUCUGCUAUGUUCUAACGUCAUUCUGAAAUGCGUUAGUGUCAACAACGCAUCUUCUAUCCUCGCCGAAGCUUCCCACUUCCAUAUUUUGCCCCUGGUGCGCGCUGUCCACGAGUAUAUCGCGCUUUGCAUGGAGACUUUGCUUGAGAGUCGAAUGCUUGACGAUCUGGAGGCUCAUCGGAUCAGAGAAUUGUCCUCAUUUAUACGUCAAAAACAGGUUGAAAAAUAUCCGGUGUCGCGCUCAGAUGUACUUGUUCGCGCUGCAAUGGAGACGUACGGGCCAUGGUUAGCUUCGCAAGACAUACCCCAGCCAAUAGUUCCGACCCAACGCUUCGGGAUAUUCAGAGACUCACCGCGAUUAUCGCCACCGGGGCCGAACAAGAGAGCUCACAAGCUCUCGCAAACAUCUCCGCCGUCGAGUCCGUCGAUUCGUCCUGAGCAGUCUAAUCGGUUAAACGCAGUGCUUCCUGCGGAUGAGGAGAUGUUCGUGAUGGACGACGUUGUGGCCUCCAGUGCCACCGCUCCUAAUUUAACGGCGUUCGCAAAAUCUGACGACACUGAUACACAGAGUAAGCCUGCAAGUGGCUGGAAAGCGGUAUCGUCUACUCCCAAGAUGGACAUGAGGGCCAUUAUGGCUGAGGCGCAGUCAACGGCAAAGCGAACAGCUCCCGGUCCAAUCUCUCGUGUUCCUAGUGGUGAGGGAAGUAGCGUACCACAGCGAAUAAUCCCUACAACUCAGCAUUCGAAGGCGAGGGCGACGAAAACGCCCUCAGGGCUGCCACGAGCUGGGGCGGAUUCACCCUGGAGGGUGCCUCCCGCACCGGCUUCUCUAAUCAAGUCGCCGAAGCCGUCCGUUGUAGCCACGUCAGCAAGUGGUGCCGCGCCGGGCGGCGCGUCGACUUCAGUCCUGAGUUCUGGCGCAGGGGCCCAGCAUGUCUCGCCAUUCACGUCGCCGAAGAAGAAUUCUGGGCCACCAGGUAUGGGACCAGUGUUCACACCCUCCAAGCAGACGACCCCGACGAAGAGAUCGUCGGGUAUAAAUCGAGUAUCGUAA